UCAGUGUGAUGGAAAACUUUGUAGAGCCCCUGAAAAACCUUCAAUAUCUUAUCAUGGAUAAAGCACUUCUAUACUGUAGCUGUGACAAUGCUUGGAUUACCAAUUGGGCAAAGUAUCAAGAGUGUUCAGGUGUAUUUCCCUGGGAGCUCACUGGAAAGUCUGCCAUGUAAAACUGCACAUGGAAAACAGUUUCUGCAUAAGUAUGCUCAAGACCACUGUUUAAGUGAUGUCGACUUUCUCCUUUUUGCCUCCACCUCUCUGGGACUGGUGUUCUUCAUGCUGGUAGUGCUGCUCCAUCAGCUGGCUGGAGAUUAUCUGCUUUCUUUCUUUCACAUAACUCGUGCCUGGGUAGAGGAGGCCAUGAGGGCAAACAGAAAAGGACAUUACCACUUUGAUGUUUUUGUGUCCUACUGCGGGAAAGAUGAGCGCUGGGUAGUGGAUGAACUUCUCCCCAACCUGGAGAAACGUGGACCCCCUUUCCUCAGGCUUUGCCUGCACAGCAGGGACUUUGAGCUAGGAAAGGACAUUGUGGAGAACAUCACGGACAGCCUCUACAGAAGCCGACACACCCUCUGCCUGGUUAGCCGCAACUACCUUCGGAGUAAAUGGUGCUCUUUGGAGAUGCGUUUGGCAACUUACAGAUUACUGGCUGAACACAGGGACGUUCUGGUGUUCCUGGAGAAGGUUCCUCAUCAACUCUUAAAUGUACAUUAUAGACUGUCCAGGCUGGUGAAGACCCGGUCCUACAUAGACUGGCCACAAGACCCAGCUCUGCAUAAUGCAUUCUGGGAUAGACUAUGGACAAAGUUUGCACCCGAAACUGCAAUAUAG